AAGCAGAGAUAAUGAAGAGAAGAUAGACUGUCGGGAGCCCUGUCUCUCACUCUUGGUUUAAAACACAACCCCAUUGUAACAAACAUCCUGCAUUCCAUCCCAAACCAUGCGUACCUCCCCCAAUUGUUUUAAAAUGUAGGGCUAUAAAAAGAGAGAAAUGUUGGCGUGCUUUAUGGCUGUUCACAAUUUGACUAUGGAGAGCAACAUGUUGGAUGAUGCCUUUAUUCCGGAACUGUCAGAGGCCACCUUGGCAGAGUUAAAUCUUGGACCAGAGGUAGGGCAAGCCAGUACCUUGCCAGCUAUUCCUGAACUGUUACAAGAAGACGGACAAGAUAUACCAGCUGGUCUUUUAGAAGAAGAAAGGAUGCAGAAACCUGUGAAAAAGACCAAGAAAGCCGCUUUCAAGAGCAACAAUAAAGAGCCCGAUGCCUCCAAUCUCGAGCAACCCAGCAUGUCCAAAGCCUGUCUUAGACAAAGCGAACAGGGGCUCAAAAGGGUGAGCAACACCAUGCCAGGGGCCGGGGGUAAGCGUCGUAAGGGGGGUAGCCCUAACGAGCCUGUGCCGGGCAACUCUAUCAAGACCCAAAAGAAGGGCUCUGUAAAAGGGGUCAAUAAGAAGAAGCCUAGAGACAGGGACCUAAAGGACAGCUCACAGUGCAUCAUAGAAUUAUAUGAUCUUAGCGGGAGACUAAGAAGCGUUUAUGCAGAUGUGUGUCAGCUGGUAGAAAAAAAGUUUCCCAUUAGAAGCGUUUAUGCAGAUGUGUGUCAGCUGGCAGAAAAAAAGUUUCCCAGACUGGCUUUUGAAAUGAUGCAAAAGCAGUACUAUCCAGGAGAAAUCAGGAAUUUAGUUCAAAAGUUGAUAAAUACAAGACAGGAAAUUGAAAAUGUGGAAAACUGGUUGAAGGAGAGAGGGGGGUCAGUGACUAACCAUGAAAGCUAAAAAUGGGCAGAGGGGUUGGGGGGGAAAGUGAGAGAGAGCUAAAAGACUAAGAAGGCUUUUGGAAAAAAAACUUUAAAAAGCCAGAGUGAUUUUAUGAAAACACUUCACGAGCCCAGAAAGGGAAUUGACACCCCCCCCCC